AUGAUGCGAAUGACGCAACGAGAUUGGCGCGGAGGUGUCGCUAGGGUUCUCAGAAGCUCGCCGUCGUCGCGUCGAGACGUCGCGGCGGUCGCCGGCGUGCAGUGCGACGGAGUGUGGCGCUGCGCGGUGCCGGCCAUGGAUGUGGUGUUCUUCGACUCCUUCCACCACCGGCCGUCGCCCGACAACGUGGACGAGGUGCGGUUCCGCGCGCCGCUGCUGCUUAAGGCCUUCCACCUGCCCGCGCCUGAUGCUCCCGCGCCCACCCCGCUGCUCCGCCGCUUCAGAGGAGUGACCCAAUCAGAGCCCUUCAAUCUCGCCAUCUACGCGCACAUUCUCCCCUCCGCACCUGCCGCCGCACCACAUGCUGCCGAAGCACCGCCCUCUGCUGGUGCUCACACCAAUGCCUCACCAGCCCCACUGGCAGCACCGGCACCACCAGCAGCAGCACCACCAGCACCAGCAGCAGCAGCGGCAAGGGGUGCAGAUGGGAGGAGAGUGGGGGCUGGGACGCUGGAAGACGAUGGCACGGGUGGUGUGGGAAUGUGUGGGCCCAGUGCGGGGGGCGAGUUCAGGCUGAUAUACCACACACAGGGGUCCACGGAGAAUCUCACCACGGCCAUCAAACACAUCCAGCCGCUACUAACAGACCACAUAGUGCUGCGGGGCUCCUACUGCUCGCUCUCCCUCGUCCUCUUCGGCACCCCCUUCUCCCCGCCCUCGCGCUCCCUGCCGCCCCGUGCCUUGCGCUCAUCACACGGGAAGCAGGCGGGGGAAUCGGGCCAGGGGGGCCGAGGCUCGGCACGUGGUAGAGUGGCGGGCGCGGAGAGGGGAGAAGGGGGAGGGGCGGAAGUGGUGGGUGGGGGAGCGGGAGACGGGGGCUGGGAUGAUGCUAUGGUGGUAGAUGCCGUGCAUCCCAGUGGAGCAGAGGUUCUGAGAAAGAGGAAGCGGGGGCGGGAGAGGCGCGAGGGGGGCCGGGCAGGGGACGAGGAGCAUGGUGAGACAGACGGGGAAGGCGGGGAAGAGGCAACAGGAGGGGAAGAGGGAAGGGGAGGAGGGGAGAAGGCACGGGUGGAAGGCAAACGGGGGAAAGGGAGGGGGAGGCGCAAGGCGAGAGGUCACCGGCAGGAGAGUGACAGGGACGGGGACGAGGAGGAAGAGGAGGGAGAGGGGGGAGAGGAAGAGGAGGAGGAUGCGCUAGUGGUGGUGGGGAGGCGGGCGGCAGCAGUGGAGGAGGCAGUGGAGGGCAGGAAGCGAGCAGUGGCAGUGCUACGAGCAUCAGUGCGGCUCUGGCACGGACUAUCCUCCGCUAUCAGCCAUGCUGCUGCUGAUGCCCUGCUCCCCCUGCUCUCCUCCGCGGCUGCUCAUCUCGCAGGGCUUAGCCUCUUGCCGGUGGAUCUAGGGGAGAGUGAAACGGGGUGGGGAACGGUUGGGGGACGCAGGAGACGUGAGGGGAGGGUGGGGAAGGAGGGUGGGGGAGGGGGGGUGCGGAAGGGAGGGUAUGGGGACGGGGAGGAGGGGGCCGGCGGGGCGGAGGAGGAGAGGGAGGAGUGGGCGUUGGUGGUGCAGGAGGUUGACAUGGCCCUUGCAUGGCUGCACCAUGUUGUCUGCGCCUCCACCGUUCUCCCAUCCGUGGAGGAGACACAGGCAGCGUUCACGCUCGUGCAUCUCGUAGCCUUCUCCCCCCGCCACUGCCUGCUUUUCUGCCGUCGCAACGGCUUGCACGGGCUGCUCUCAGCCCUCCAACAACAACCACGCUCACCUGCACCUUCCUCCUCACGACCUCCCCACUCCGCCGCCCCUGCAUCUUCCUCCUUCCUGUCCUCCUCAGCAGCGUCGUCCCUCCCCUGCCUUGCUCUCUCCGCGCUGCUCUGCUGCUGCCGCCACCCGUUUGCAUGCGCGCUGCUGCUUCAGCCAGACCCGAGGCUCUCGCUCUCUUCCUCACUAUCCAUCCUGUGGUGUCUUGCAAUACCCUUCUCAUUGUCACGAUCAUCAGCACGGCAAUCUGCUCAUUUCCUCCCUCCCUCCUCUCCCUCUUCAUCCACACCACAGCGUUCGGUCACCCAGCUGCUUCACCCGCACUUCUCUUCCGCAACCCGUGUACCCUCCUCCACAACCCCCCAACUCCUACUGAAGAGCGCUGCCGUGGGGGCAGGGGAAGGAAAAGGGGUGGAGGGGGAGCGAGGAGCGGGGGAAGGCGGGGAAGGAGUGGUGGAACAGGUAGAAGGCGCCAAGGGGGAGGAGAGGGGGAGUGCAGAUGCUGGGCUGGCGACUGUGAUUCAGCUGCUGCAGGAGACUCAGCGUCUGCAUCAUCGGUUUUCACAUGCACCAUCGGAUGCACAUCCCUACCACUUGCAUGUGACUCGCACCUUUCCCUUGCCCGCAGCACUACCCUCCGCGUUAUCUGCCCGUCUCACGCCCUGCUACCCUCCAUGCCUCUCUCCCUCUUCCCACCCCUCCACCCUUCCAUCCCCUGCUACCCUUCUCCCGUGCGCACAUCAGG